AUGACUGAAAGCUCUAAAGAAAAAGGUUUCUAUGUUGGUAGCUCUUCAAAAUCUAUUAUAACUAAAAGCCUUGAAGAAGAAAUCCUUUAUGUUGAAAAAAAGUUUGCUACUUGGGAAUUGUAUGAAUCUUUUCUUAAUGAAUAG